AAGCACAUAUACUGGCAAUAGUUGCGCCUAAACACUUUGCGACGUCCGGGAUGUCGAACGUAUUUGCAAACUGGCCGUCGGGCUCGGGAGCACCGCUCGGGGGCCUUCUGCGCAGCCUGGGAAUGGUCGCUGCGGGCUUCGCGCUUCUGCUGGUGUCGCUGAUCAUAUACCUUCUGGAUCCUAUUAAGCGCUGGCGGCUUCGCAAAAUCCCCGGCCCUCGCGGCCGCCCGGUGCUGGGCUGCCUGCCGCAGCUGCGGGCGCAGCCCAUGCCUCUGUUCCUUCAGAGCUGCGCCCAGACCUACGGACCCGUGUUCAAGGUGGCUCUGGGCCGCAAAUGGGUGGUGGUGCUGGCGGAUGCAGAGAUGCAGCGACAGGUCGGCUUCAAGCUGCGGGCCCAUGCGCGGACGGACCCGGACUUCUCCCGGGGGCGCUACCACGCCAUGCUGUCGUCCAUGCUCCUGCGCGCCAGCGGCUCCACCUGGCGGCAGCUGCGUGCCGCCUGGCAGCCCGCCUUCGCGCCCGCCAGCCUGGCCGGCUACCUCCCACUCAUGACCGGCUGCGCAGACCAGCUGGCCAGGCGGCUGGAGGCCAAGGCCACAGCCGCGGCCGGCGCCACAGCCUCCGGUGCUACGGCCGGCGGCGGCAGCAGUGUGGACAUGUGGCGUGAGCUGGGUGGCAUGACGCUGCAGGUGGUAGGCUCCACUGCGUACGGGGUUGAUUUCCACUCCAUCAAUGAGGAGGACCAGGCUGGUUCUGGAUCUGGGUCUGCUACCGCUACUGCCGGUGCUACAGCCGCCGCCAAGGGCCGUGGCGAUGACGGCUACGGCAAGCAGCUGGCGGCGGCGUGCGGCCAGAUCUUCCGAUACGGCAGUCCCGUGCACGGCAGCCCCUACCUGCGUUUGGCCAUGCUGUUUCCGGAGCUGCGCUCUCUGCUGUUGACGCUGGCGCACACACUGCCCGACGAGAAGUUCACGAUCCUAACGAAGGCCCGCACACGGUUGUGCAACACCGUCUUCCAGUUAAUUGACUCAUGGAAGGAGCAGCAUCGUGCGGAGGCUGAGAUUGAUGCCGCGGCUAGCAGUGGCAAGCCGGAUGUUGGAGCCGGCAGGCACAGCAGCAACGGCGUGGGGGCUGCUGCUACCAGCGGCCGCGGCGGGCUGUCGGGUGUGGCGCCCGGGAGCUUCCUGGACCUCAUGCUAGGGCAGCGCCAGGGCGGGGAAAGAGGCAGCGGCGGAAAGAAGGCGGAGGGCGAGGAGGGUGUGGAGCACGCGCCCCUGACCGAUGAGCAGGUGGCGGGGCAGGUGCAGCUGUUCAUCUUGGCGGGCUACGAGACGACCGCCAACGCCCUGGCCUUUGCUGUGUACUGCAUUGCAACCCACCCCGAGGUGGAGUCUCGUCUGCUGCAUGAGGUGGAUGAUGUGCUGCCAGGGUCGGACCAGCUGCCCGGCGAGUCCGACCUGCCGCGCCUGGCCUACACGGAGGCGGUGGUGAACGAGGCGCUGCGGCUGUUCCCGCCCGCGCACCUCACCAGCCGCGUGGUGCCGCCCGGGGAGACGCUCACGGUUGGCGGAUUCAACAUCCCGGCUGGCAUUCCCAUUUUCCUACCAUUGUACAUUGCGCACCGCGACCCCGCCGUGUGGCCGCGAGCGGAUGAGUUCCUUCCCGAGCGCUUCCUGCACUCCUCUCCGCUGUACGAGUCACUGCAGCCGCGCGGCGCCGCCCAGCAGCACGCCCACGCGCCGUUCGGCUACGGCAGCCGCAUGUGCAUCGGCUACAAGUUCGCAAUGCAGGAGGCCAAGGUGGUCCUCGCCACGCUGUACCGCCGGCUGACCUUCACGCUGGAGCCGGGCCAGCAGCCGCUGCAGGUGGAGGCGUCACUGACCAUGGCGCCGCGCGGCGGGCUGCGCGUGAUGCCGGUGCCGCGGCGCAAGCUAUGAGGCGAAGGCGGCGGAGACGAGUGAAGAAAUGUGGGAUGCAGGACUUGUUGCGAGAGGGCGGCCGCUUUGGGGUCUGACAGCAUGAGGGCUGUAGAGGCCGGUCCGGGCGUAGCACUACGUUUAUGGCAGAAUGUUGGCAUGUUGUUUGUCGCCCUUCAGCAACUGCAAGAAUCUGUGGACGUAGUACGGCAGGGGAACUAACGACUUGCACGAACCCCCAUGCACGGCUCAUGCAGAAAGGUUUGCUGUGUUGGCCGUAAGCACAUUACUGGCAAUAGUUGCGCCUGAACACUUUGCGACGUCCGGGAUGUCGAACGUAUUUGCAAACUGGCCGUCGGGCUCGGGAGCACCGCUCGGGGGCCUUCUGCGCCUGGGAAUGGUGAGACUGUCUCGUUGAUGGUACAUAAUCUAUACAUGGACUGUAAAUGCGUGUUUCG